CUGACCUGCCGGGUUGUCCACACGACGGGCGUCACGUGCAGGUCCCCGUUAUCUUCUGUGCGCAGCCGGGUCUCGAUGGAGUCACGCAAGUGCGUCCGUGUGCGCGCGCCCUUGGUUGUUGUUGAGCGGGAUGAGAGAACGAACAACAGCCAGCACGUCUGUCGCGCUGGCUGGACUCCUCUGUCCCGCAGCAGUGCCUGGGGAGGCAGGGAUGGUGAUCGACCUGCAUCUUGCCAACCAACGCACUGACUUGGCUUUGUCCUUUCGUGCAGGGCCCGAGUCGUAUGCGAGUGAGUCUGUGAAGACUAUUUGCGCCGUCGUUCGGUCCAGGAACAGAGGCGACUGGAAUGCGACGCUCACUCUUCCCAUGGCUGUGAGGGACCAGCACUGCUGUCAGUCGACGAUUUCCAGCUUACCUAUGCAAUGGUAUCACAACUGCGACCAGACUAGUGCCCACGCACCCAAAAAGCGCCGGGUUUCACGUUCAGGAAGCGCACGAAAAGCCACUUGCCAGCGCAUACCUGCUAGGCCGGGUCUAGGCAAUCGGGAUCUCCAAGACCCAAGGGUCUUUCAGACUUAUCUGCUCCACUUUUGAGUCCAUGUUGCUGCGAUGGAUUUGCUUGGCGAUGGCGGGCGGCUGACGGGCGGACUGGUGGCGGGAUGGGACUUUCGAAAAGACGAUUCUGACGU